AUGCUGGUUAAGGCCUUACCUGAUUUCGGAACCUGUUUAAGCUACUCCAUUAGCGCGAGGAGGAAUCUUGUCUAUAUUUAUAAGAAGCAAAGCGGGAACAAUAUUGAUACCGAACGACACUCCGAAAUUGUGAAGAAUACGAUCGACCGCAGUUAUGAGGGCCGCGGAAUCGUAUCCCGCAUCAUGGAGAAAUACCCCAGUGAAGAAGACCAAGACCUGCUAUCACCUGCUGGCAACUCCGUCUCGAAACUGGAAAUCGUAAUUAUACCUAACAUUUGUCAAUAUAACAAGGAGGAACAAGUCAAACUGGUCAAGAUGAUCAAAAAUUGCAACUCUGGAGGCUCCAGGUCUUCCAGGAUAUUCAUCGGGAUGGUUCCAUGGGCCAUGGCUGACCACGAAAGACAUAUCAUUUCGAUGAGAGAUUGGCUCAAGCACAGAUUUUGGAUUGCUUGUUUAGAACCAAACGAAACUGACUCUGUGAAUUUAAGAACAGAGCCUAGUUACGAUAUCCCGUAUACAGAGGUCCAUUGUAGUCCGGCAGUUCGUCGCUACGUGCUAGAUGUAAUGGUUCAUCUGCGAAUGCACCGAUUCGUGGAUAUCACCAAGGGAGGUGGCAUCCAAACCAUGGCGCUCAAUGACGUCAUCGUCUUAAGCCAACUCAUCAGUAAAACCACCUUCAAAAAAAACUUUAUAACCCCGGAACAUGUCAAAAUCGCAUGCAUCUGGUACUUUCCCCUGCAUAUUGACAUGCUGAAGGAUGCAUCCAUCGACACAACCGUACAGUACGGCAGCCGACCUGAUAUGAUAGAUGAUUUCCUGGACAAACUCUAUAAACUGAAUGACGAAGAAGCUAAAAAAAUAGAAAAUCCUCUUUUUUUAGAAACACUAGUUGUGCAUGACGUGCUGAAUAAAAUCGUGCCCCCCGUAUAG